CGCUCUUCACGUUAUAACGGCAGUGCGUAUUUACUGAGGCAGCAGGUAACGUUAGCCAGUCUGCCAACGUCUGUCGUCUCUCGUCGGACAUUAAAUCUUUGCAACACAACCAGUUACUUUGGGGAAAAGUCAACCAACAAACCAGAAAUGACUUCGCAAAUCCGACAGAACUUCCACCAGGACUGUGAGGCUGCCAUUAACAGACAGAUAAACCUGGAGCUCUAUGCCUCUUAUGUUUAUCUCUCCAUGGCAUACUACUUUGAUAGGGACGAUAAAUUCCUGCCAAACUUUGUGAAGUUCUUUCACGCACAGUCCAAAGAGGAGCGCGAGCACGCAGAGAAGCUGAUGAGUCUGCAGAACAAAAGUGGAGGCAAAAUUUUUCUGCAGGACAUCAGGAAACCUGAUAGAGAUGAGUGGGGAAGCGGCCUGGAGGCUUUGGAGUGCUCCUUGCAGCUGGAGAAAAGUGUAAACCAAUCCCUGCUGGACCUGCAGAAAAUGGCGACCUAACACAAUGAUCCUCACUUGUGCGACUUCAUAGAAACACAUUAUCUGGAUGAGCAGGUCAAAUCUAUCAAACAGCUCGCUGACUGGGUAUCCAACUUGCGCAGCAUGGGAGCCCCUCAGAACAACAUGGCUGAGUACCUCUUUGACAAACACACCAUGGCUGACGAGGGCAGUUAAACAACACUGUGACACUAAUGAUCAUCCUGGUCAUCGCUGCAUGCCCGCCUGCCCACCUGCCCCUGUCCUUAACAUGUCAUACAGAUAACACAGCUUUAUUUAUGUUUGUUAGUUGUCAGUCAACUGCAAAUUUUGCACAAAGCAUCAAUGGCUCUCAAAACUGGACUGCUGCAGACCUCACCUCACAUCACAUAUCGGAUAACAGUGGAUCUUUACAGAAAUAAAGACUGAGAAAACCUUUAA